AUGUCUUCCAAACUCAUCGUUGUUCUCGGCGCCACCGGCAAUCAAGGCGGUUCGGUGAUCAAGUCCUUUAUCAAGGAUCCGGCCUGGCGUAUUCGCGCCCUAACCCGGAACACGUCUUCUGCUAGCGCACAGGCCCUGCGAGAGUCCGGAGUCGAAGUCGUGCAGGCCAAUCUCGACGACCCUUCCUCCCUCGAGGCGGCCUUCCAAGACGCAAAUGCCAUCUUCGCCGUCACCGACUUCUGGAAUAGCUUCGCCAACCCCGAGAACUAA